AUGUUCCGAACAGCUCUCCGACAGUCUUCCCGUCUAUUGACCUCGUCAAUGAGACCAGCGGUAUUCACCGGCGUCCGUGUCCUCCCCUCGAUGUCGGUGGCGCCGCAGAUGGUCUUUGGUGGACGAUUCUACUCGUCGGGUGGUCCACCAUCCAAGACGGAUAUUGAGGGUAGAAUAGUGGAAUUGUUGAAGGGAUUCGAUAAGAUUACUGAUCCUUCUAAGAUCUCGACGACUUCUCAUUUCUCGAAUGACCUCGGAUUGGAUAGUCUUGAUACCGUUGAGGUCGUGAUGGCCAUUGAAGAAGAAUUCAGCGUCGAGAUCCCAGACAAGGAGGCCGAUGCUAUCCAGAGUGUUGGUCAAGCCGUUGAUUAUAUUGCCGCCCAACCCGGAGCCGUCUAA